UGGCUCUGCAUUGUAUUAUUCUGCUGCUCACCAGUGUGAUUUUCUCCAAAGCACUGGCACUGAAAUGUUAUGGAUGUAUACCAGAUCCAGCUAAUUUAACAUGCACAGAUGGUCAAAUUGACUGUCAAUCUCAAUGUAGCGCAAUGACCAUGACUGUAGCAGUAGGCGACUUUAGACAAAGUAAUAGCAUGAAGUCUUGUGGAGAUCCAUUUUCAUGUUUCAAUGGGAGCAUAAAUUAUGGACAAAGCAGAAUAUCUGUCAACACCCAAUGCUGUAAUACAAAUCUCUGCAACAGUAAAGAUGCACCAGAGUUGCCAAGACCUCCCCUUAAUGGAAAGAGUUGUUAUUCCUGUGAUCAGACAAACUGUUUUAAAGUUUUGCCAUGUGAAGGUGAUGAGAACCAAUGCUUUACUUUCAUAGUUGAGGUAAAUGGCAAGAAUGACACUCAGAAAGGAUGUUCAAGCAAGCUGUUCUGUGGCAACUUUGGAUCGCGAGCCAAUAAAGCACUUAUGCAGGGACGUAGUUCGAGUUAUUUUGACAUGAAAUGUUGUGAGGGAAACCUGUGUAACAGUGCCCAGAGCAUGAGAGUUUUCUUUGUUCCAAUGGUAUUUCUAAUCGUUCUAUACUUAUCAUCAAAGAUAUUGUAACAAAUGGAAAUUAUGAUGUCCUCCUUUUAAUGGCCACACAGUUUGGGUGUGCACAAGAGAGCAUGAGGUGUGGCUGCACGCACCAUAGCUCUGUGUCAGUAAACAGCUUACAUUGAUCCAUGUAUGUAAAAUAUAAAAUGUAUUUAUAUAUUUAUAAACCUUUUUCUCAGUUUGCUUUACCAUUUUGA